UUCUUGCAUUUAUUUUUUAGAUAAAUAAGAAAAAUUGUAUCAUGAUUGAAGACAAUAAGGAGAAUAAAGACCAUUCUUCAGAAAGAGGUAGAGCUGCUAUUGUUUUUUCCUUGAAGAAUGAGGUGGGAGGACUUGUAAAAGCUCUGAAGCUCUUCCAGGAGAAGCAUGUGAACUUGGUGCACAUUGAGUCAAGAAAGUCAAAGAGAAGAAACUCAGAAUUUGAAAUUUUUGUUGAUUGUGAUACCAAUAGAGAGCAACUAAAUGAUUUUUUUGACCUGUUGAAGUCCCAUGCAAAUGUACUGUCUGUGAAUUCGCCUGAUGCUUUUUCUAUGCAGGAAGAUGAGAUGGAGACUGUUCCCUGGUUUCCGAAGAAGAUUUCGGACUUGGACAAAUGUGCCAACAGAGUUCUGAUGUAUGGGGCUGAGUUAGAUGCUGACCAUCCUGGUUUCAAAGACAACAUGUACCGUAAAAGACGCAAAUAUUUUGCUGACUUGGCUAUGAAUUAUAAGCAUGGUGAUCUCAUUCCCAAGGUUGAAUUCACUGAAGAAGAGAUAAAGACUUGGGGAACUGUGUUCCGAGAGCUCAAUAAACUCUACCCAACCCACGCUUGCAGAGAAUAUCUCAAAAACUUACCUUUACUGUCUAAACACUGCGGGUAUCAGGAAGACAACAUCCCUCAACUAGAAGAUGUCUCACGCUUCUUAAAAGAGCGUACAGGGUUUUCCAUCCGUCCAGUUGCUGGCUACUUGUCACCAAGAGACUUCUUGGCAGGUUUAGCGUUCCGUGUUUUCCACUGUACUCAGUAUGUGAGACACAGCUCAGACCCCCUCUAUACUCCAGAGCCGGAUACCUGUCAUGAACUCUUGGGUCAUGUUCCUCUUCUGGCUGAACCUAGCUUUGCUCAGUUCUCCCAGGAAAUUGGCCUGGCAUCCCUUGGAGCAUCUGAUGAGGCAGUGCAAAAGCUGGCUACGUGUUACUUUUUCACUGUGGAAUUUGGCUUGUGCAAACAAGAAGGACAGCUGAGAGUUUAUGGAGCAGGGCUGCUCUCUUCCAUCAGUGAACUCAAACAUGCCCUCUCUGGACAAGCCAAUGUGAAGCCCUUUGAUCCUAAGAUCACCUGCAAGCAGGAGUGCCUCAUUACAACUUUCCAGGAAGUCUACUUUGUGUCUGAAAGCUUUGAAGAAGCAAAGGAGAAGAUGAGAGAAUUUGCAAAAACUAUCAAACGCCCUUUUGGUGUGAAGUACAAUCCAUACACACAAAGUAUCCAGAUUCUGAAGGACACCAAGAGCAUUGCCAAUGUAGUCAAUGAACUUCGACAUGAACUUGACAUUGUCAAUGAAGCCCUCACUAAAAUGGGAAGACAUUUAGGUGUCUAAAGGGAGGAUAUUCCCUGCUUAUUCAAGAGUGAUUAAUUCUAGAUAGGAUUUGAAGUACUGCAGAGGACGUUGGAUAUUUCCAUAGAGAUCCAUGGAAUAGACUUUUUUUUUCAAGAGCCAAACGAUGGUUGAACUAGCUGGCUAUGAAACAUAAUUCUUAACCUCAGUGAUGCUACAAGAUAUUAUUAAUCAAUCCCUGGAAAUGUUCAUAUGAAAGAUAUACUUAUCUAAUUUGUGGGCAUUUGUCUGACUUCCUAGACAUUAAGUAGUUGAAUCCUACUUCUAAGAAUAGAAAAAAGAGAAUAUUUUCUCUACAAAAUAUUUUUCCUCUAUUUAAAAAAAUAACUAGUUUUUCUGUGGUUGCUAGAUGGGUAUCUUUAAUCAAGUUCAAGUAAAAAUCUUGAACUCCUUAAAUUUA